AUGGUCGGCUUAUGGAAAAAUGGCUCCUUACUCAUUGCCACUAUACUUGAACAUUUUGUAUUGUCAAUGUAUUGUGUACUGCUGGUUUUAUUUGCUGCGGUUACAUGCCGUCGGAGAAAAACUGCAGCAAAAGAGAUAAGACCUUCAAUACGAACAUUUUUAGCGGACAGAAAGGCAAAGUCGGUUGGGAUGGAUUCUGGCUCUCUGGCCGAUGACCCUAAACAAGAACAAAAUGUCAAAGAUAAGGUGCAGAAUGAAGAAAAAUUUGUAGAAGAAAAGAAAACACAAGCGUCAGAACAGCAGUUACUGGACGUCGCUCAAGAAAUGUAUCAAAAGCAACAAACGAGAUUGGCUGAGACGCAGAGGAUAGACCAGGAUGGAGAUGAUUUGGUUGUCACUGCACGUCGGGCACUAGCUUCAACUUCCACCAAGGAAAAAGAUGCGACCAGAAAUUCGACGAAGAAAGAUAAACCACCAUCUGCUCGCUUGCCUACGGACGCAACUCAGGACAUGAGCAUAGUGGAAAAGUCAAAGAUGUACAAGAUUAGAAAAGGUGAAAUCGCUAUAUGAGAGCAAAGAUUGCGAUGUUAGAAAUUCGAAAUGACUCAUUAUUGAUUCAUCACUGUUCAUCGACUAAUAAAGC